GUUACAUGUACCUAAACACAACUGCGGUCGACUCCCAUCAUCCUAUAUCGCGGGUGUUUUUGUCGCAUCGGCCGCCCACCAAGGCAACGUGCGUCACAUUUUGGUUCAGUGGUAGCGGAUCCAUCAGCCGGCUCAACUUGUACAGAUUUACAAAGGAAACGGCUUUUCGGGACCCCCUUGUUUCAGUAACUACGCCAGUAAAACAAGGACAAUGGAUUGCGCGAAGGGUGCCCAUCUCUUCAAGAAAUAGGUGGAACCUUGUCUUCGAAGGUGUGGCUACAGCAGGAGUAAAUAGAGAUUCUGCAAUCAUGAUCGACGACGUUGAGUUCACGGAGGGCGAAUGUCCAACCUACGAAUACUGCACGUUCGAAGAUGAAUGCCUGCCCUGGGUUGUGAAGGAAAACGGUCAAGAAGCUGCCUUUAGAGUGGAGCGAGCAGGGCACUUCAAAAAACUGCCCCGAGAUCACACUACGCAGACGGACGACGGCUACUAUCUUCUCUUCGAGUCUCCAGGCACCAAAGGAAACAAAACGUCCUUUACGUUGCGAGAGCCCCUGCUCUACGAAUGUGUGUCGUUCUGGUACUUCUUGCCCAAACUCCAAAACAGUGUGGUGCUCUACGCUCAAGAUGAACCAAUAUCGAAAGGAGAAGGUGUUUGGAAGCGUUACGAAUGGCAACAAACGCAGCUGAUGUUCGACCAAAUUUCUGCCGAAACCGUAACGGAUACAGAUGGCUUCGUGGCCAUCGAUGAUGUGCUUAUCAGCGGGGAGUGUUCUCAAAACAUACGAUCAACAGAAAGGUUCGAUUGCGGCAACCAGUCUAUCACAAUAGAACGAGUGUGCGACUUCGCGAAGGACUGCGCCAAUGGCGACGACGAGCGAAACUGUGGUUCAUGUAACUUCAAGAAAGACUUGUGUGGUUGGAUAGGCGACGGUCUCUUGAAUCGCGGGACGACUGCAUGGCGCCGGCAAGUGGUGGGCGAAGUAAAAAACUCUCCCACCACAACAGCGUACGCUAGCAGAAAAGGAUACUACCUCCUCCUUUCUUCGAAUGCUACGAGGCCCAGUAGAAGAUUAGGGCGUGCGAUAAUCGACUCUCCGGUCAUCAGAAACACCAACAAAUUGUGCACCAUCACGUUUUGGUUCAACUACAUUGCAAAUGGAACUUCCAUGGAUGUGGACCUGGUCAUGAGGACAGGUGGUUUCACCUUCCCCGUGUGGACACUCAGUGCAAUGAGCGAUGCUCCCGAAGAAAAAACCUGGAGGGAAGAAGAAGUGGUGAUCGGUCGUUAUCGUUCAGGAAUAAAUUUUUAUUUCAACGGUAUACAAACUAAGCCCGAUAUGUCGCUCUUUGCUGUGGACGAGAUCAAGUACAACUACUGUGCACUACCAGAAAAAGAAGACAACUGUACCGAGAUGCAGUUUCGCUGCGCUAGCGGAGCAUGCGUGAUGAACUACGACCGAUGCAACUACGUCGACGACUGUGGGGACAACAGUGACGAGAUAGAUUGUGGUGACCAUCGACUCAGCUGUAACUUCGAGAAUUCUUUCUGCGAUUGGUUGCCCCAGGCGCCUGCGGACAAAACGAAGAAAACGUGGAGCCUUCACCGGCCAUCUCCAUUUCUCUUGAACUCGCCGACGCGGGACCACACUACGGGAACACCGGAGGGGCGCUUCAUGAUGAUCCGAUCAUCUACAACCGUAAAUGCGACUGUCAUUGGUCCAACGCUUGACAACUCGACAUUUUGCGCGAUAACGUUUUUCUACGCCAUGCAAGGAAAAAGCCAGCCGAAGCUCACACUCGCCUCUCGGACAACGAAAGGUGGACCUUGGAGGGUCUGGUGGAAACAGACAGGGCCAAGCCAAUUCUUCCACUUCGUUGGUGUCAGCGUACCACUUUCAGAAACAGUUCCUUACCAGGUUGCCUUCAUGGGAGAACACACAGUACCUAACAAGAAUGGUUACAUAGCCAUUGACGACGUCCACUUUUGGGACAGCUGCAAGACAAACCUCGGAGUUCUACCAUUGGCGCCUGCACCAAUAAAGCCAGCGUUCACGUGUGGAGACAAGGAAUUCCUGUGCACGGGUAUUAAGGAGUGUAUUCUAUUGUCCAAGGUGUGUGAUUUUAAGGACGACUGCUCAAACGGAGCCGACGAAUCCCGCUGCGGAUCCUGUGACUUUACGAGGGACAUGUGCGGCUUGGAGAAUGAAGACCCAAGCGCUCGUUUUGGUUGGAACUGGACGUCAGUAGAAAACGGCAGGAAGAUAAAAGACUUCCCAAGCACAGACAGUCUAUCAGACAUCAAAGGAGCCUAUGCGGCGUUUUCACUACGUAACCCAGAAGCCCCAGUAAACAAAAUGAUGAAGGGUUUGACUACGCCACCACUGGGACAAAUCGCGCAUUCCUGUGUGGUGAAGUUCUACGUCUACGUUCCGAAUGACCCUACGGCAAUGCUAAUGUUCGGGGUUCGGCCUCGUCAAGUAUUUGACUUUAAGCAAAGCACCUUGCAGUUCUUGGGCACAGUGAGCGGAAGGAAACUGAAGGGUCAAUGGACAAAGAUGUUUGUGAGAGUCGGUGAUUGGGAUGCCGGAGCCAAGUUUGUGUACCUGACUAAUACCCUUGGCGUCAGCAUCGACCGUAUUGAAUAUAAUAUGUGCCAUCCAGACAGCCAGAGUGAAGGAGUGGAAGCAGCCGAGACGGUGACCUGCAGCUUCUCAGAUCCUUCAAACUGCGGAUGGUUCCCAGAGCGAAAAGAUGCCGAUACCAUGUGGACUCUCAACGCUGCGAGUCGGGAUUUCCGGGUAUUCAAUUGGUGGCCCUCCGACAGUGAUUCUCACAAAGGACCCUACAUGUACGCUCAGAACAGCCGUUUCACCAUAAGUAAAGCCCGCCUGGUUUCAAUGAAGAUGAGCCCUACUCCUGACACAGGUCGUUGUUUCACGUUUUGGUACAACAUGUGGCAUCCAAACGUUGGAAACCUAAGCCUCUUGAUGCGCAUGAAUAAUGUAACAAAUAUCCUGUGGACACGGUCAUCCCCCCAAGGCAAAGAAUGGAAGCAAGGCCAGGUUCAGCUACACUCAGAUGAUCCUCAUCAGCUGAUCUUUGAAGCUGUGCUUCUCUACGGUGGUGGAGGCCUGAUUGCCAUUGACAACUUGGUCCUCAAUGACACUAGCUGCGCUAGCGACAAAUAUGGAGGUUGCAACUUCGAGUCUGACUCGUGUGGAUGGCAACUGAACAACUGGGAGCGCACAAGCACCAGCAGGAGCCUUAAGCCUACCAGUGAUCACACCACCCAGUCACCCACAGGCCGAUUCGUGCUGGCAAAGGCUCCUGGUGGCCGCAUGGUGAGCCCUCAAAAUUGGUAUGAUGCUACUCAGCCGAUGUGUUUCCGCUUCUGGUACUUCCUCGCCGGUUCAAGUGCGGAAAAUCUCAAGGUCACUCAAGUGGUCAACAAAGAUCGUGAGGUCACGCUAUGGAAUGAUGCCCCAUAUCAAGACAACAGCAAACAGUGGCGUCAAGCAUCCGUUAACCUACCCGCAUACAACAAAACACCUACAAUUGUGUUUGACGCCACAACAUCUUAUGCCGCGGGAGCAAUUGUAGCCGUAGACGACAUCAGCCUCGGCAGUGCUCUUUGUCCUUCUCCCGGAAGCUGCUCCUUCGAGGAGGACAUGUGCGGGUGGAUUACUAAAAAGAUGAACAGUGCGCAGUGGUACCGGCACCGGGGUGCAACAGCACUUAACACAACAGGUGUAAAGAAUGACCACACCUUGGGAACAGACAAAGGGUACUACCUGCUCCUCGACGCAGCUGACACGGCUAGUUCUGCCUCCGGCAGUCUACAGAGUGAAAUGUUGGCCCUGGGUUCAUCAGUGUGCUUCAGCCUUUACUAUUGCAUAAAAAAGAACUCUGGAGCAACCUUGGCUGUUGCAUUCCACGACCAGACUGGCUCAAUUUCUGACCUUCCACACACCGUCCAAGCCACUGCGCCCAGCGAAUGGACGCGUCUUUCCAUCGAACGCUCGGAUCUUCCCGACGUAUUCUCGGUUGUCAUCACCGGUCGGACUGCACGUGGACGCAGUGACGUCCUCAUUGACGAUAUUGACGUACGUAGGGGAAAAUGCCCAGGGACAGCAGGUACCACUAUAACAGCCGGACCAGAAGCGUCUGCCAUACCCACAGAAGUUGUUACUCCAGAACCUGUCCCAACUGAAACUUCAGUGCCAGGAGCGAGUGAAAGCCCAGAAACCCCAGCGUCCACUGAGACUGAUUCGGAGCUAGUGUGUCAUCGUGGUGAGUUCAACUGCAGAGACGAGAGCACUUGUAUUCCAUCUGCACUGCUCUGUGACGGUGUAAAGGACUGUCCGAAUGGAUUGGAUGAAAAGUGUGGUACGGCCAAGCAAUGCCAAGAAAACGAAUUCUUCUGUUCUUCGGGCUCCCCUAGCCAUUGCCUGCCGCGGGCUAUCCUCUGCGAUGGACGCGAAGACUGUGCUGGCGGCUCCGAUGAAUCUUUAUGCCGUGAGUGCCCACAUUAUUUCUGCCUGAACGGGGGAAUAUGUGGAUGGACGCCAAAAGCACCAAGUCCCACUUGCGACUGCCCCGAUGGUUACCAUGGCCGUCGCUGCAAUUUAUUGAGAAGCAUCGUACCGGAGGCGAGCAAUCUGACGUCAAAAGAAUCUGGAUCUGCUGCUGGAAUUGUGACCGGCAUAGUUGUUGUUUUGGCCAUCGUGCUUGCAGCUGCAGUAGCCGUUUUUGUUGUGAACCGCAAACGACGCGAAGCGCAGAACCCACCGCUCUUCAUCGACAAUCCUUCAUACGAAGAAUCAACAAGCUAAACAGGGUCUUUCAACUGGCGGACCUCAUUCCCAGAUAGGCUCAGAGGAAGAGGACCACCUGCAAAAGCAAAACGUCAACGACUGCUAUUUUAUUUAUAUAGCUUGGAACUUUGUAUCUCAACUUAUUCAGAAGCAGGAAAAAAAAUGAACGAACUGGUGAUUUUUAGGGCUCGAGGUACGUUAUUUAACGUGUUUACUCGAAAGGAAGCUGCUAUUGCAGGCCAAACUGCCAUGCAGUUAAUACAACAAUGCUGGUUGAGCUUGUGUAUUAUACGAACAAACAACGUCAAGAAAGAAUAAAUAUGUGGUACAAUGUUU